AUGCUGAUUGCGGAUGCAGAGUUCAUUCUGGGAACACUCUGCUGCGAGCUACUCCAGCAUCAAUCCCCCUUUGCAAUCCAAUUUUCCGCCCUUAGCACACUCGUUUGUGAUACCCCGACUCUUCUCAGCCAGCCUCCGGUCUCCCCGAAGAAUCAAUGGGGCAAUGGAAGCAAGCUCCAGCUGAGAUGA